UACCACAGGCCUCUCACCCCUUAGUCCAGAUUUAGACCUCAGUCUUUCCCAGACAUUCAGACCCAGCUGUUCUGAGCUGAGUGGUGGUGCACCGAUUCCCUUGUCUCCCUUGUCCUUUGUGUCCAAUUCUUCCUUUCUUCCCUCCGUCUCCUCCUCUGUCGGUCUUCACUAUGCCUGGACUUUUUCACAACUUCUUUAUCUGACAUGGUAGCAGAUCUUCACAAAUGUCUCAGGUGGACAGUGUAUCGGAGGGUUGUAGUCUUUUGUUUUGAUGCCCAGGUUUUCCCCGGUCAACCUGGUUCCACGGAGGCAGACGUCCUGCUUCUCUUCCCCAGCCAUGGAGCCUCUUCUGGAGGUCCCGUUAUUUGAGAUGGACCAGGACGAGGAUGAGGACGAAGAUGUUCUCUCAAUGAAGAGCAGAGGUGGCUGUACAUACGCAACACAUGCUCUUGUGCCCCCUGUGGACACAGACCCUGACACGUUCAUAUACAUGAACUUCAUGAAGAGCCACUGCUGCUACGAUGCCAUCCCAACCAGCUCCAAACUGGUCAUCUUUGACACAACGCUACAGGUGAAGAAAGCUUUCUUUGCUCUGGUGGCUAAUGGUGUGAGGGCAGCGCCACUGUGGGACAGCAAGCUUCAGUGUUUUGUGGGUAUGCUGACCAUCACAGACUUCAUCAACAUCCUCCACCGUUACUACAAGUCUCCUCUGGUUCAGAUCUAUGAGCUGGAAGAACACAAGAUAGAGACAUGGAGAGAGAUCUAUCUGCAGUCCAUUAACAGGCUGAUCAGCAUCACUCCUGACUCCAGUCUGUUUGAUGCCAUCUACUCCCUGUUGAAGAAUAAGAUCCACCGGCUACCGGUCAUCGACCCAGCAUCAGGGAAUGUCCUCCACAUCCUCACUCACAAACGCAUCCUGAAGUUCCUCCACAUCUUUGGAUCCAUGAUUCCUAAACCCAGGUUUCUUCAAAAGCGGAUCAGUGAGGUGGGGAUUGGUACCUUUAAACAGAUUGCGACAGUCCAGGAAUCAGCCACUGUGUAUGAUGCUCUGACCGUUUUUGUAGAGAGAAGAGUGUCAGCGCUGCCUGUGGUCAAUGAGCAAGGUAAAGUGGUGGCGCUGUACUCCAGGUUCGAUGUCAUUAACCUCGCGGCCCAGAAAAACUACAACAACCUGAACAUGACAAUGCAGGAGGCUGUCGCCGCCAGAGCCUGCUGGGUGGAAGGAGUCCUCAAGUGUUAUCCUUACGAAACACUGGAGACCAUCAUUGACCGCAUUGCAAAGGCUGAGGUGCAUCGUUUGGUGUUGGUGGACAGUGACGAUGUGGUGAGAGGAAUUGUUUCUUUAUCUGACAUCCUACAAGCUCUGGUCCUCAGCCCUGCAGUGUUCUACGAAGUCCGACACCAACCCUCCACACUUUCUCCCGAACGUACCUCUUUCAUCAAUCAGCCAGCGUCGUCAUGCUGCAGUUCCUCCUCUGAAACCGCCAUGCCACCGGCACUUCUUAUCCAGCACAACUCAGAUAUUUAUGAGAGACCAUCCUUUCAAGACUGACGAAAACAAGAUCAAGUAAAACAACAUUAGGAGGUGGCAGAGCAGGAUCGUGGCCCAGAAGUUACUGGUCUCUGUCCCAGGCUAGAGGAAAAAUACAGGAAAGAAAAGUGAAAGCAGAAACAUGUUGAGUUCCUCUAUGAGCUCAAAUAAUGUGCUCUUUACGGAGCAAUUUAUAUCCAAGUGAAGCUGCUCAGUGGUCAUUGAUGGAAGACUGUGGUUGUGCUGGAAAGCUGCCAGUGUUGAACUGUAUCAUGGGAGAUUCUGUAAAACAGCGACAGACUGACGACGGUGACUACAGAAUCAAAAUUCAGGUUAUUUUACAAUCUGUGUUACUUGGAAACUGAGUUGCUCAUAAGACAUGAUUAAAAAAAAAAGUGAUGUCAUGUU